AUAAACGUAAACAAAAAUUACAUUUUUCCGGCUGUAGUCCCGCGAAAUUUUAUUUAUUUUUUAUAUUAAAACGUUUAACUAAAAUUAUUAAUAAUGCCGACUUGGAAUCAAAUACAAAUGCAACUUCGCAGUCCCAAUAAUCCAGUGGUCUUUUUCGAUAUAUCCGUUGGAACAACAGAAAUUGGACGAAUGAUUUUCGAAUUAUUUGCCGAUACUGUGCCAAAAACAGCAGAAAACUUUCGUCAAUUAUGCACUGGAGAAUACCGACCCGAUGGAGUGCCAAUGGGUUACAAAGGUGCCAGUUUCCACAGAGUUAUCAAAGAUUUCAUGAUUCAAGGUGGAGAUUUUGUUCAUGGAGAUGGAACUGGAGUAAUGAGCAUUUACAAUGGCACCUUUGCCGAUGAAAAUUUCAUUCUUAAACACGAUUCGCCUGGUCUUUUGUCGCUGGCCAACAGCGGCAAAGACACCAACGGCUGCCAAUUCUUCAUUACCUGUGCCAAGUGUAAUUUCUUGGAUGGCAAACACGUGGUAUUCGGACGUGUUCUCGACGGACUGUUGAUAAUGAGAAAGAUUGAGAAUGUACCAACCGGACCCAAUAAUAAACCUAAACUUCCCGUAACUAUAAGUCAAUGUGGACAAAUGUAAGAAAAAAAGUUGAUUUUUGUAAAUAAACAUUUUUUUUUAUUUUAAUUAAAAUAAAUAAAAACUUUGCGAAAACAUAAAUAAAAUAUGU